CACCUUGUGAUCUUUGGAUAAUAAUGGACGUGUUAUGCUGUACUGCAUCUAUUCUACACCUGGUUGCCAUAGCGAUCGAUCGUUACUGGGCUGUGACGCGACUGCAAUAUCUCCGAAGCCGAAACGAGAGGCCCAUCAUAUGCAUGAUCGCUGUUGUGUGGAUCACAUCACUGGCUAUUUCGUUACCAACUCGGUUUCAUAGCUCACGGAACAUGUAUGAUGUGUUGGUCAAAGGUCAAUGCCGCAUUAACGAAGAAUAUGGUUUUACCAUUUUCUCCACACUGGGUGCAUUCUACUUCCCUAUGGGGUUUCUAAUCGCUGCUUAUGCAAAGAUAUAUCAGGCAGCUCGCGCACGAAUUAGAAAGCGACAGUUUCGGAAGCCACAUGAGUUAACACUUAAAGCAGGCGAGGAAGCUUGUGUCACAAAUUGGGUGCUCAGUGAAUCUACUGUCCUAUCAACCAAUCCUGUCGAUUGUGCCCGGUGUUUUCAGACUUGUCCUGCUGAGUCACCUAAACGAACAGUGCGAAGUAGCACCAAUGCUCGGUCAGCAAUGUGCAUCUCGACGGAGCAAGAGACUUCUGCUACAGGCAAUGAAGAUGUCUUGUUAGAUUCCAGCUUUAGCCCGUUUUCAGCCGACACACGGCAUUCAGAUGGUUUUCCAAAAGCUUGGAAGGAAACCGAUCAAUGCAGUCACAAUUCCACAGGUGAAUCGGAAAGUUCCGAUACCAUUCUAAACUGCACAUCUUAUAAGAAUGAGCUACGUUGUUUUCGAGUAAAUGAUGACAACGCCUCCUCAAUAUCCACAAUAAACGAGAGCAACUCCUCCAGCAAAAGUGUUUCCCCAUCGUCUCAAUGUGGUGUUCAUUUGUGCGUUUCAUGCUCUAAUGCGCUUUACAAUGUGCACGCGAGUACUCCGGAUGCUGUCAACACAAGAAUGUCACUGAACAGAGGAAUGAAAGAGAACUUGAGAGAAAAAGAUCUAUUCAGGAGGUCAAUUAGAACUUCAACGUGUCCACAACCUACCCGUGAAUCAGUUGUGGAAAAAACAAAUCAUGUACAUAGGAAAUUUUUAAGUUCUACCAGUUUGAUGAUCUACUCAAAUACUAAUGCGAGUGAACUCGCACCGAGAUACGCUGUCUAUUCUAUCCCCAGUCCGUUUUUAACCGAAUCUGAUAGUGGCCGGCUGAAUGUUUGGAGUAAGUCUAGCCUAGAUUCAGAUACGCCUGUGAUUGUUGAUCACCUGGACUUAGUUACAGCCAACACACAGAUCAAAUCACUGCCCGAAUCCCCUUACCUACCAUCCGGUACGAGCAGCUUGAGUGCACAGUCAAGUGGUUGUAGUAUCUGCCUUAGUAACAUGUCCGCCAGUAACCAUCACCAAACUCUUCAGUCAAACGGAUCGUUAACGUUUCCAGGGUCAGUUGACCUUCCGAAAUUGAAGAUAAUGCCAAAUCAUACAACUCCACAACAAGGUAAGUCAGAUUUUUCACGUGACACAAAGUUAAUCGAACAAGAACAUCUUACUACAUUGAAGCUAAACGUCACAAAUACUGCGACCGUGUUAUCAAACAACAAUGUUUCUCAUGGCGGAGUGUUUCAUCACACUGGAAAUACGUAUGGAAAACAAAUGUCGCCGAAAAGUGAGACCCAUGCAAUGAUUUCUCGGUUUUUUGAACGUCGUAUGGCGCAUGCUAAACUGCUCACGAGGCGUAAUACAGUUCAAGAGAUGGAGGACAGCAAAGAACGUAUGGAAAAUCGGCGCGAACGCAAGGCGGUUCGUACACUGGCCAUUAUCACUGGCUGCUUCAUCUUGUGCUGGCUUCCGUUUUUUGUCAAGGCACUUGCUGUUCCAUUCUGUGCACCAGUCUGUUCUGUGCCUUCUGUGGUGGAAAGUCUGUUUCUCUGGUUGGGAUACCUGAACUCUCUGCUCAAUCCGGUAUUGUACACAGUAUUUUCCCCAGAGUUCAGGAUGGCCUUCAAAAAGAUUAUUUGCCGACUUGUGGGACAUAGGUUUGUUCGAUAA